AUGGAAACCCUCUUCGAUAAGUUCAAAAGGGAGCAAGGAGGCCUCCGCAGGACCCGAUCCGUCCGCGCUUCCUUACGACUGAUAGGUAACCGUUGGCGGUCUACCAAGGAAGACGAAUCAGAUAACAUUGACAUUAACCGCGACGUAGUAUUCACAACGCAUAUUUGGAACGCUGAAAAGGAAUACAACGUAGCAUAUACAGGAAUAGAGGGCACUUACAAAUCAAAGACACCAAUAAUGGCAAAGAGAAGAUCGGAAAACGUAAAACCGAGGCGCAAAAGUGGCAACAUAGACUUGACUUUGAAGCCGCAACAGCAUAGGAAAGUAGAGAAAGGGAAAUUCAGUGAUUUGUUUACAAAUAAGAAACAAAAAAGUGCAUCAGCUAAAGAACUAAUCGUGCCAGAGAUGGUACCACCUAAAGCCGCGGCAAUAUUACAUAUCAAUUCACCGAUUAAACAUAAAGGAAAAAAGAAAUUAAAAGUCAUGGGUAAAUCGGAGUCUGCGAAGUUGAUAACCGAGCUAGCAGUGUCAAGUCGCACAAGAAGAGGUUCCGAGGGUGAGGUGGUCGCAAGUCAGACCCACGGCUGCGUUAAUCAUGCGUUUGUAUACAGCACGCCGCCGAAGGAAAGGAAGCUACAACUGUCGCCAUCUUAUCUGAAGCUCCAGUACGGCGGGCUCCUCGAUGGGUGCGGCGGGGAGCUGCCUUCGCUUAGCGCCUGCACCCCACUUCCGCCGAAUCUUGACAAAGCGGCACGUCGACAACAAAAGGAUGCGCGUGCGCAACAAGACAGGGUUGCACAAGUUAACAUACAUUUACAGGCGCUGUUUGCAGCCGUCGAACAUGGCUAUCUGGAUAAAGCUCGAAACAUCCUGGAGUCUACCGACGUGGACGUCAACAGUGUCAAUCCGGAUGGCCUAUCGCCACUGGACGUUGCCGUUUUGGCGAACAAUCGGCAGCUCGCCAGAAUGCUUAUGGAGUUUGGCGCCAAAGAGGGGACUCAUUUUAAGACUCCCGAAUCUCUGGGAGCUCACUUAAGAAGGUUAUCACGAGAGGCCGAGUCGCGACUUCACAACGUGGUCGGCUGUACUCCGGAGAGGGUGUGCCGUGAAGAAUCCUGUACACGGUCCUCGGCGGGUGGUCAGGCUGGUACAACGGGUUGCGCAGGAGGGGCUGCCUCGGAGAAAGACAAACAGGCGCAACACUGGGAAAGGAGAUUGCGAACUCUCAAACGGCUGGCGCUGGGCUGGCAGCAGGCGCGCGUGCCGGGCGGGCCCGCGCCGCCCGAGCUGGAGGUGUGCGGGGCGCACGCGGUCACUGUGCGGCUGCGAGACUCCCGUGCAUCGCCCGCGACUCACCGCGACCCGCCCAUCGUCACCAAGUACAAAGUGGAAUGGUCAUCCCGGGCUGAUUUCGCGAACGUGUGCGGUUCCCGGGAGGUAGCUGCCGCUGGUACUACCAACGGCACCAAAGUACUAGCAGCCGGGCUGACCCGGGGUCGACGGUAUUUCUUCAGAGCGGCCGCUGGGAAUAUUAAGGGAUGGGGACCUUAUACCGUGUCCGUGCCGAGAAGCGUUGUACCGAGCAGCUGGCGGGACGUGUCGGGGCGCGGGGGUCGCGGGGCGCGUGGUGCGCGGGGUGCGGGCGGUGGUGCGGCGGAAGCGCUGGAGGCGCUGGCGAGUGCGGCUGCGGGCGCGCGCCAUCGCCCCGUCGCGCCACCGCCGCGCCUGCCGCGCAAGAAGACCGCCACCAUCCGACAGCUCUUCACCGCCGCCAGCAAGUUCCAGAAGAACCUACGCAGGGGAGUAUAUUUGGCGUGCAUCGUCUACCAUGAAGACAAAGUUCUAGUCACCAGCGAGGAAUUUCUACCGGUUAUUGAAGUGGAUGAAACCUACCCCGCGUGUAUUUACACAGACUUCCAUUGGCUUAUGAAGGUGUCUUGUUCUUGGGACGACGUGAAAUCCCUGCGAUCAGAUAUGGAAAAGCACACCUCCUCUUCCAUACACUUCAGACUGAAGCUGCUGACUGCAGCUGCUCAAAUGCAGUCCGCGUUAUGUAUACAAGAUUUAGGGCAGCUGUACCACAAGCCGCUGCGCGACGCGCACGGCACGGUGGUGGUGUCGGGCGUGCGCGCGGUGCGCUCGGGCAAGUGCGUGUCGGCGCUGAACGCGCGCUGGGCGCCCGUCGCGCGCCUGCGCCGCCGCGUGCUCAGCGACGACAACACCAUGGCCGAGCUGCUCAUGGCCUCUGUGCAUGACCAGAUCGCCUACCACCAGGUGUCCAGAGUGCAGUUACCACGUGGCCUCUAUCUCGGAUACCUUAAACUUCAGUCUUCCGUGGAAGUUGUACGGAUUGUCGCUCCCGCUCGCACUCCCAAUGUUCCGCCGCAUACAAGAGUGAGGGACAAUCCACAUGUGUCUGCUGAGGAAUGGGAUUACCUGCUAAGCCAGUCCGGCAAAACAUCAACAGAAGAACAGCAGGCCAUAAACAACAUAGUAGCAAUAAACCCCAACGACGAAAAUCCUUCAGAAUCUCAAGAAAUGUUCCUAGAUCAGAUAGCGUGCGCCUCUCAGAGACUAUUCAAAGACAUGGAAAUUCCUAUUGAAACCGUCAAUGCCCACCGAAUUUACGACCUCGAGGUCAUAGAGCUUAACAGCGACGUCAGUUUCAUCAUGGUCUGCCCACCAGCUGAGCAAGCCUGCUCCGUCCCGGGACAAAAGGAAAUGCUUCUUCAAAAAGGCGAUUUACUUAGUCUGCCUAUCCAAGCGUUUGAAAUGAUACAUCUUCAAACUUACCACAUGAACAUGCUCAACAAGUACUCCAAGCUUAGUUGUGUUCUAGAAUUAGAUGUAGCCCUGGCUGCUCACUCGCACCGGGAAGCUUUCUCUUGCACUGAGCUCCAAACCGCAAAAGAAAGAUUAACAAAACUGGAAGACCUGCAAAAUAAUCUCAACAUAGUGUGGAAAGGUGAACGCUGGCUCAUGGACUUAAUAGGCUUCGCUAGAGACAAAGACAAGACUGGAACCAGUUCGGGAAUAUUAAUGAAACAUAUACUCGAUAGUAAUCAGUUGCAAAUCUGCACCGACAGUCCAGAAGCGCAAACGGUCGAAAAGGACAGGCAUCUUAAAGUAGAUUUACUCCAAAUACCAUCUAGAGAUGGUAAAAUCACUAAAACUUCGCCAGGUAGAGGCUCCUGGCCCGGUCCAGCUGGCAACGGAAACCACACCCACUUGCAUCCGGAGUUCAGCAAAUCUGAGCAACAGCUAAGCCUGUCUCCGCGACAAACAUCCGUAUCUACCCUCAAUUUAAGCAGCUCACAGCUUCUAAACGCAGAUUCAAAGUACUCGAGAAAGGGCAGCGGGGAUUCCCAGUUCACCCAGUCGAGCCUUAUGAGUAACAACUACUUAAGUAGCAAUUCCCAAUUUGACAUCAAAUCGUCAGGUUCACACACCAGUAUUGGAAGCAAUCGCCUUCCGCCCUCGAAGAGCGAAGAUACGUUAGUAUUGCAAGACGAGAACGUUGAAACGAAACCAAGACCACACAGUAUAAAUACCGCAAGCGUAUCAACGACGUCCAGCCCCUUGAUGGCAGUCAAAGGUUUCUACCCUGGGAGCAUGAUCAGUGUUAGGUCUAUGAAGGCCAACGUUUCGGAGUCCGCACAGAGUCUGUCCAGCGAUUCGGAGAGCCAGAGUUGUCCAAUAUCAGUGGUUCCCCAAAAAUUCCGUCCGUCACCGAAUCAACGAGCGCCGUGCAAUGUCAUUGCUUCGAAAAGUAUGACCAAUGUGAAAUCUGACUUCACGGACACUGGACAGGAGUUAUUCCAGAAAUCGAAUUUAUGUAUUAAACGUCAACCGUUGUUAGAGACGCAGGAGGAUGUGGAAUGCAACAAUAAGGUUCCUAAGACUGAAGAAGUAAACGAGGAGGACAUCAAGCCCCCUGUGGAACAGCGUACACCUGACCAGCCUGGAAUACUACAGGUGUUCGCUGCCUACGAGACUGGCUUAGCCGCGGGUACGUCCUUAAAACUUCACGUAACUCCGCGCACGUCGGCCCGCGAGGUCAUCGACCUAGUUGUCAAACAACUCAACAUGGCCGCCGUAUUAAAGGGGAAAGCGGGUCCUGUUUACGGUCCUGAACGACUUCAAGAUUUCUGUUUAGUGGCAGUCAUUGGGGCGAGGGAACGUUGCCUCAGAGAUGAUUUCAGACCCCUGCAGCUACAAAACCCUUGGAGAAAAGGCAGAUUGUACGUGAGACUUAAACACGACGUCUUAGCCGCCUUACAGCAUUCCGCCAAACAACCAGCUUUUAUUUAA